AUGGAUAAUACCUCAGAAACGUCCGAAAACACAUAUGUAGUCUAUAAUGCGAAUGUGUAUACCGUGGAUUAUGAUAACAAGCAGAGAGCUGACGCUUUUGUUGUCAGAGAUGGCAUGUUUCUGGAUGUAGGAACAAAGGACGAAAUUAUGGACAAGUGGAAAUUGGUAGACAAGAGAAUAGACGCUGGUGGAAAGACAAUUCUACCAGGCAUAAUUGAUGCGCAUGUAGUGAGUAUUACGACCUCACGGGAACCAAAUCGAUCGAAGGCAAGUGAAGCUAGAUCGCGGAUAAAAGCAUACAUCUUAUCUCAUAAAGACAAUUUAAAUGAAUCUAGCUGGAUUCGCGGUUUUGGAUGGGAUCAAAUGCAUUGGGAAUCGAAGGAAUUUCCUCAUUGGAAAGAUCUCUCUGAUCUCGGUACUCCGUUUACGUGUUAUAUGCUCCUAACUCGUAUCGACGGCCACGUUAUCUGGACUAAUGAAAAAGUGUUGAAGAUUUUAUCUGAUAUGCCAGAAUGUAUUGAGGGUGGAGAAAUUGUGCGAGAUAAAGAGACGAACGAAAUGACUGGCAUCUUUGUGGAUAACGCUAUGGACUUUGUUGUCCGAAAGGCCCCGACGCUGUCCGAAACAGAGAAGUUGACCCACGUGCGUUCAGCCAUUUCCCACAUGCACUCUGUGGGUCUGACAGGUGUGCACGAUGCAUCAGUACCUCUUGAUGACAUUUCUUUCUUCAAAGACGUGGUAGCUAGAAGCCCAGACGACUUCAACAUCCGCAGCUACGUCAUGGUUGAAAGUCCACAGAUUAAUGAGUACUGUGGAGAUAAGGUUGAGAUGAUUAUUGGAUAUGGUGAAGGUAGAUUAACAGUGAGGAGUGUCAAGCUGUUUAUGGAUGGAGCGCUUGGAAGCUGGGGUGCUGCCAUGCUCGAGCCCUACUCUGAUGAUCCCACGAAAACAGGCCUCCUCCUUUCAAACCCAGACAACCUCCCUAGCGUCAUUCAAAAAUGGGUGUCCAAGGGCUUCCAAGUAAACACUCACUGUAUAGGCGAUCGCGCAAACAAGAUAAUCCUUGACGCAUAUGAGAAAGUAUUCAAAACACUCGCGUUAAAAUGCAAGCCAUCUGCAGAUGACGUGUCUGACGAAAUUUUGGAAAAGGAAACGAGACGAAUCGGAGAGAAGCUGCGGUUUAGGAUAGAGCAUGCCCAGAUUUUGACUCUAGACGACAUCCAACGUGCAGCUAAGCUGGGCAUCAUACCGUCAAUGCAACCAACACACGCAACAUCCGAUAUGUCAUACGCUGAAGAGAGAAUAGGAAAAGAAAGAAUCAAGGGCGCGUAUGCUUGGCGAUCCUUCCUUGACGCUGGAGUUACCGCCUUUCCCCUUUCAUCCGACUUUCCAGUUGAAGCGGCGAAUCCGUUUCUUGGAUUCUACGCUGCUAUAACGCGAAAAUGGACAGAUGGGAAUUCGCCGCAUGGGAAGCAAGGAUGGUUUCCGGAACAAGCGUUAACUCGCGAAGAAGCAUUACGUGGGUUUACUAUCGAUGCUGCAUAUGCUGGGUUUGCGGAGGAUAUGCUUGGAUCUAUAUCAAAGGGAAAAUACGCAGACUUUGUUGUUAUCGAUCGCGAUAUUAUGGAAAUUCCCGAAAAAGAUAUCAUAGAUACCCGUGUGAUUGCGACUGUGUUUGGUGGGAGUGUUGUCUAUGGUGAACUAUAG